AAUAAAUAUAAAAAAUAAAAAAGAUAAGAGAAAAGGAUAAAAAUAUAAAAUAUAGAAGAAAAUAAUUGAAUUGCAGCAUUCCGUAAAUUUUGGGGCCAAAUUGUCAAGUAUCAGGAUUUAUAUUUUCGGUUAACAUUCUAUCUAGCCUUUCAAUUUAAGCAUGGAGUGGACAGCGCAACAGAAGAUUACAUCAAAUUAUCUUAAUUUGCCAAUUUCAAAACCUUUCAACGAACCUUCAGUUUCGCAAUUCAUCCUGGCAGCCAAUUUAGGCGAUCAAAAUUAGAUAAGGGACAAUGGUCGAUUGAAGAAUUGAGCGACAAAGACGGGCGUUAAGUGCGGCACGGCGGCGGCUCUCUCUCUUCGGUUCAUCUUCUCUCCAGUCCAUUGGAGCGCCAAAGGUUCAAGUAUCACCCGAUCAGCAGAAUGAAGUCUUGGUUCUUCACAUCAAUGGAAGAAGCUGGACUACAUUCUUGUCCACCGAGAUAGGUUAUUAUGCUUGUAGCGUUGUAAUUAAUUUCAUCUUCUUAGUUCUUCCCUCUUCGUCCAGCUGUGCCGAGCUCGGGCUAUUAUUAGCUUAACUUAAUUUGAUCUCGUCUGGGACAGGGUUGAGCUAUAAUAUAUUCUAAUCCACUGAAAAGAAAGUAAUGCAUUGGUUACUAGUAUUUCUUGCCGGGUUUUCUGUUGGGGCAUUCGCCGUUGUUGCCUUGGAAGUUCUGGGCGUCUAUGUCUUCUUUAAACGACUGAAUCGCAAGAUUCCACAAGAGCAGCUUAAAUCAUCACCUCAUUCUUCUCAUAAAGAUCUCGAUCCCCAACAGUCCCUCGAUCACUUCUAUAACAAGAAGGGGGUUGUCUGGGUCCUAGAAUCAGAUAAAGUUCCCAGAAAUUGGGUGGUGGAAAAUGUGCUAAAUGAGCAAAAAAAGAAAAAGGAUCUCUUUGAGGUUAAUCCUGUUAAGAAAUUUGCAAAAAUCAAGGAUCGAGUUCUAAUUUUGACAGAUUCAGAUGGUUCCCAUGCAUCUUUUUCGUUAAAGGGUUGCAUUGUAGAAGCUGUUUCUGCUUCAGACCUUUCUACAAGAAAAUGGGCCAAAAGAUUUCCUAUAAAAGUGGAAAGCAAAACUUCAAUUAUAUAUGAUGCAAGUAAAACAGUUUACAUUUAUCUCGACACGUCUUGGGAGAAGGAGUCAUGGUGUAAAGCCCUCCGUCUUGCCUCAUGUGAUGACAAAGAAAAACUUAACUGGUUCACUAAGUUGAGUAAAGAGUUCCACCGUUAUUUGGCAUCCUUAAAUACAGGAUACCCUUCAUUUAUGAAACCCUCAGCAGGAUUCAUUGCUGAACCAGUAGAUAGGGUGGCUAAGUUUGAUGGUUCUGCAUCAAAAGUUCGCUCAUUUCUGAAAAAGCUUGCUAGAAAAGCUUCAAAGACUAGUAUAGAGAAUAGGGGAUCUUUUUCACUAGGCCAUGAACAUGAAGAGAAAAAGACUAUUGACCAGAGUCAUUUAUUCCGAGAUCCAACCUUAAACAGCAAUGUGGUAAAAACUGCUCCAACAACAAAGGCAUUGCUGAGUUCUGAGGAAAAUAUUGGAGUACUUUCAUCAUCAACUUCUUCUUGCUCCACGAGCCAACACCCUAUUUCUGUUGUUUCCGAUGUGGAUUAUGAUGACAAGUUAAAUGCUGAUGAAGGAACACUCUGUUGGAAUUUGCUUCUUUCCCGAUUUUUUUUUGAUGCCAAAAGCAGUCCAAGGAUAAUCAGUUCAUUGCAAGCUCGGAUUCAGAGAACCUUAUCCAAUAUGAGGACACCCACUUACAUAGGUCAAGUUGUAUGUACUGACCUAGGCCUCGGAAGUCUACCACCUUAUAUCCACUGUAUAAGAGUACUUCCUACAGACAUGAAUGAGGUAUGGGCAUGGGAAGUUGAUUUUGAAUAUCGUGCUGGACUGGUGCUAGAUAUUGAAACAAGGCUGGAAGUUAAGAAUCUGCAAAAGGAUAUGGUGAAUACAAACUCAGAAUCAAGUUCAGUUGGGGAUGUCUCUACAGACCUUCUUGAAGGUUUUGAAUAUUUUGGGAAACAGCUGAAUCUUUCUGAAGGAACUGCUGAUGCACAAGAGUGGGAGAAUGAAAGGAAUCAUAAACUUGAUGGGUUAAAGAAUUCUACAAGUUAUUCAUCAACAUCAACUAAUGUGUCUAGGUGGAAAUGCAUUCUUAAUUCUAUUGCAAAACAGGUUUCACAGGUACCUCUCUCUUUGUCGAUAAGGGUUGCAUCACUCCGUGGAACACUGCGUUUACAUAUAAAGCCACCUCCUUCUGAUCAAUUGUGGUAUGGAUUUACAUCUAUGCCUGAUAUAGAGUUUGACUUGGAGUCAUCUAUUGGGGAACACAAGAUUACGAAUGGGCAUGUUGCUUUGUUCUUGAUCAAUCGGUUUAAGGCUUCCAUGAGAGAGACUAUGGUUCUUCCAAACUGUGAAAGCCUGUACAUUCCCUGGAUGUUAGCUGAAAAGGAUGACUGGAUACCUCGGAAAGUUGCUCCUUUUAUGUGGCUUAGUCGAGAAGCCACUAGUGAUCAUGCCACUGCACGCGAAGUUGAUGGUUCCCAACCCGACAAAGCAAAAUCUGAGGCAGCGCCUCACAGGAGAGCUUCUAAAAAUGAUCCAGAAAAUAAGCAUUUAAAAGCUGAAUGUUCUCAACAAUCAUUUUCUGAUUAUUCUGAUGCUGUGGAGAGCUCAUUGAGCUCCACCAAGCCAUCAACACAAAGCAGCAAUUUUUCGCAAGAACUAACAGAUCCUUUAUUGGCAAGCUAUGAACCACAAGCAAUUUCACAACAAAGUAAAGGUAUGUCAGAGCGUCAAUCACCAUCUAGGUCUCUUGUAGAUGCUGAAAAACAGAAUCACAGUGCUGUUGAAGAAGACGAUUCAAAACUAAAGAGGAUGGGAAGAAGGGCGAGGAUGCUUGAUCUGGGGAAGAAGAUGGGUGACAAACUUGAAGAGAAGAGACGCCACAUUGAAGAAAAGGGCAGGAGCAUUGUUGAGAAGAUGCGAGGACCAUGAAACUGCCAAAACAAGGAAUGCUUGGACAUACAUAAAUCUGGUAGCCAAUGCCAUUCAUGGAUGGAGGAGUGCAGCACCCAUUAAUUUGGAUUUGUGUAAUAUUUUAGGUGCUAUACUUCUUUUUUACAUAGACUACUACUGAGACACUAUUCAAUUAACCCAAUUAGGGUUUCCAUUAUAGGGUUUGGUGAAAACCUGUAUAACAAAAUAGUUAAAAAAAGCAGAUGACAAAUUUGUCAA